GUUUUAGAUGUCUUCGAGAUGACGUAAGCAGAGCGCGACGGAAGUGAGCCGGUGGCAGUGGCAGUCACACGUGUUGGCGAUCGCGCUGAGAGGGAGAACUCGGCUCCGGGACACGACCACGCAAGAGGAUGUCCUUCCGUGGCAGAGGAGGCUUUAAUCGUGGAGGUGGUGGUGGCGGCGGUGGCAGCUGGGGUGGAGGACGUGGCGGAGGUGGCGGUGGCAGCUGGGGAGGAGGCCGUGGUGGAGGAGGAAGAGGCGGAGGCGGCCGUGGUGGAUUUGGAAGAGGUGGCUUUGGAGGUGGAGGACGUGGAGGUUUUAACAGAGGAGGCUAUGAUCAAGGACCUCCGGAGUAUGUUAUUGAGGUUGGAGAGUUCAUGCAUCCGUGUGAAGAUGAUUUAGUAUGUAGAUGCAUCACCGAAGAACGCAAAGUACCUUAUUUCAACGCCCCCAUUUAUCUAGAAAACAAAGAGCAGAUUGGAAAAAUAGAUGAAAUAUUUGGGCAACUGAGAGACUUUUAUUUUUCUGUUAAGCUGUCUGACAAUAUGAAAGCAUCUUCAUUUAAGAAGUUACAGAAGUUUUAUAUAGACCCUGCAAAACUGCUACCACUCCAAAGGUUCCUCCCUCGUCCGCCUGGUGAAAAAGGACCCCCAAGGGGUGGACGUGGUGGAGGCAGAGGGUUUGGACGUGGCAGAGGAGGUGGUAGAGGAGGUGGAGGACGUGGUGGUGGUGGAUUCAGAGGAGGACGAGGAGGAUUUGGUGGAGGUGGUGGUUUUAGGGGAGGUAGAGGAGGUGGCGGUGGCCGUGGCUUCAGAGGAGGCCGGUGAUGAGCGCUGCAAACUCCAGAGCUGUUUGAUGUAUUUUAAAGUUCAUCUCCUUUGGGGAUAGGCGAUUUGAAAGGCAAGCUUCAUUUUGUGUUUUCAACUUGGGACUAACAGACAGCCCAUGAGAUGGCAGAGGGGACCCUGCUUGGUAUCCAGUGCAUGUCUGCCGUCGGGAACACUUUGUGGACCUCAGCCAUGUGUACUAUUUCUAACUUGAAGCCUUUUUUUUAAGCAGUUUCAUUAGACACCUCUUCCCUCAAAGUGUUUUUUUUUUUUUUUUUUUAUUACAUAAUGGUUGGUAUUUUGGCAGCGUUGUGGUAUGAAAUGUCUCUGAUCUUAAACUAUGGACUUGAAACUUUUCUCCAAAACUUGUUAACAUUAUAUUGUAAAUAUGAAAACAUUUGUAUCACUGGAAGGUACCAAGCCAAUAAACAUUUCUACAAAUUC